AUGCCUGACCUUGGUGACCCGGAAACAAUCCGCAUCCUGGUUGCAACCGACAACCAUGUCGGGUACAAUGAACGAGACCCGAUCAGGGGCGAUGACAGUUGGAAGAGUUUCCAUGAGGUGAUGUGUCUCGCUCGUGAGCGUGACGUCGACAUGGUGCUCCUCGCAGGCGAUCUCUUUCACGAGAACAAGCCUUCCCGAAAAUCUAUGUACCAAGUAAUGCGCUCGAUCAGGAUGAACUGCCUGGGCGAUAAGCCCUGUGAGCUGGAAAUGCUCAGUGACGCCAGUGAAAACUUCCAAGGGGCAUUCAACCAUGUGAAUUACGAAGAUCUCGACAUCAACGUGGCCAUUCCUGUUUUCUCUAUCCAUGGCAACCAUGAUGACCCCUCCGGUGAGGGUCAUUUAGCGGCCUUGGAUAUACUCCAGGUUUCCGGACUACUCAACUAUUAUGGACGGACGCCUGAGUCCGAUAACAUUCAGGUGAAACCCGUCCUGCUUCAAAAGGGCCGGACCAAAUUAGCACUAUAUGGUAUGAGUAACGUCCGAGAUGAACGAUUAUUCCGUACAUUUCGCGACGGGAAGGUCAAGUUCUACCAGCCUUCGAUCCAGAAAGAGGACUGGUUCAACUUGAUAUGUGUCCACCAGAAUCACCAUGCUUAUACGGAGACUGGAUAUCUCCCCGAGAACUUCCUCCCGGAGUUUCUCGACCUUGUUAUUUGGGGCCACGAACACGAGUGCUUGAUUAAUCCUAAAAUGAACCCUGAGACUAAGUUUCACGUCAUGCAGCCCGGGUCCUCUGUGGCAACAUCGCUUGUCCCCGGAGAGGCAGUAACAAAACAAGUGGCUAUCGUCAGUAUCACCGGACGCGACUUCAAAUGCGAGCCGAUCCCACUGAAGACUGUGCGACCGUUUGUCAUGAAAGAAAUCGUCCUCUCCGAGGAAAAGGGGGCCCAAAAGCUGGCUCGGAAGGAAAACAACCGGACCGAAGUCACCCGUUUUCUAAUGACAAUCGUUGAGGAGCUCAUUGAACAAGCGAAGGCUGAAUGGUUGGCGAUGCAGGAAGAUGUUGAAGAAGACGAGGAGGAAGAGGUGCCCUUGCCACUAGUGAGACUGCGCGUGGAGAUCUCCACACCUGACGGAGGCAGCUACGAUUGCGAGAACCCUCAGCGGUUCUCCAAUCGUUUCGUAGGCAAGGUCGCAAAUGUGAAUGAUGUUGUACAGUUCUACCGGAAGAAAAAGAACGCAGCUACCCGCAAGAAAGAUGAUGACGUCGAUGCAACGGCAGUCUCCCAGCUCUCGACGCUAGACACGGUGAAGGUUGAGCAGUUGGUGCGCGAAUUUCUCUCCGCCCAAUCGUUGAGUAUUCUUCCACAGAAUUCAUUUGGGGAUGCCGUGGCCCAAUUCAUCGACAAAGACGACAAACACGCUAUGGAGAUGUUUGUGAAUGAAUCACUAGAAAGUCAAAUCAAACACCUCAUGGCCCUGGAUCGUGACAACGAUAUCAUGGACGACGAAGAAGAGGCACAAAGCUCGCUGCAGCAGGCAAUGGAUAAGUACCGAAACCAGAUGGAAGACAUGUUCUCUCGAGGGAUCAAGAUGAGGUCGCGAGGGAAGAAGCGAUUUAAGCCUAAACCAGAUGGCUGGGACACCGAAUUUGACGGCGUCUGGGAAGACCAACCCGGGGCACUUAUACAUUCAGACAACGAGGGUGACCCUAAUGAAGAGGAUGCUGCAGAGGAUGGCACAGGACCUACUACCACGAAAGCAACGUCUACUCGUGGUCGGGGCCGAGGUCGUGGAGGUAGAACGGCAGCUACUACAACUACUCGCAAAGUGACCACCACCGCGAAGACCACAUCAACAGCACCCAAGAAAACGGCACCCACUAAAACUACUAGAGGACGGAAGAAAGCCAUAUCGGACGAAGAGGAUGAGGAACGGGAUGUUAUCAUGCUGGACGAUGAUGACGAUGACGAAGACCCUCCCGCAGCUCAAGCCCUCUCCGACGUCGAUGAUGAUGAUUCCCAAUCUCUAUUUGUUAAGCAACCUUCAACCCGAAGCCGCAAAGCAGCGCCCUCGACGGCCAGCACCCAACGUCGAGGACGGACCGCGCCAUCCCCGGCGCCGUCGUCGAAUACUAUAGGAGGAACCGCUACGCGUAGGUCUGCAACGACACGAGGCAAACAGACACAGAUGACGUUAGAUUUUACCGGUUCCCAAAUAAGUGCUCGCGGGAGCCAGACCUCCUCGAGGUCAACGAGACCGAGUCGGAAGACUCGAGCUACGAGUGUGUUGAGCGAGGAAAUUGAUGACGACAGCGAUGCCUUCGAGUCUGCGCCAGCCUCCAGAAGGAGAUAG